UGAAGUUACCAAGCCUUAGUUCUGAACUCAGACAGAUACCCAGUUACACAAUGGGGUUUGAUUGUGCAACCGUUAUAUAUUUGUUAUGUUUUCUCGUAACCAUAAACGCGCAAUGGUCAGCUGACCGGGCCUAUAAGCCUGUAGUAAUCGUGCAUGGAAUUUGGGAUAAGAGAACAUCUUUAGAUUUCAUGGCUAAUCGAAUUCGUGAGGUUCAUCCAGGAACGUCAGUCACAGUCGUUGAUUUGCUUCAUGGAACAUCGUCCCUUGCCCCGAUGUGGGAGCAGGUUGAAACAUUUGGUUCCGUCGCCAGACAGAUUAAUGCAGAAAAUCCAAAUGGGAUUCACCUUCUUUGCUACUCACAAGGUGGCCUAGUAUGCCGUGGAAUGAUAGAAACGCUUUCGAAUUUGAAUGUCUCCACUUUCGUAUCUCUCAGUUCGCCUCAAGGCGGUCAGUACGGUGAUUCUUUUCUCCGAUUGAUUUUCCAUAAGGCCGUUAAGAAAACAGUACACCGAAUUUUUUACACUUCCCCUGGCCAAAGAUAUUCGGUGGCAAAUUAUUGGAACGAUCCACACCAUCAAGCUAGCUACAUAAAACAUUCGAAGUAUUUACCAUACAUUGACAAUAUUGUCCCAGAAGCUAGAAACGAAAGUUACAGAACAAACUUUCUUCGACUUAAUAAACUCGUCUUAAUUGGCGGACCAGACGAUGGCGUUAUUACGCCUUGGCAAUCAAGUCAUUUUGGUUUUUUCAGAGAAGAUGAAACUGUGGAAAAUAUGGAAGACCGUGACAUCUACAAGCAGGAUCUUUUUGGGUUAAUGUCGCUUCAAAAUAGGACAAAAAUCUACACUGUCGAGGGUGUUUACCACCAUCAGUGGCACCAGAAUAUCUCAGUUAUUGAUACAUGUAUUAUUCCACAUUUAGACUAGGAAAAAACGACGAAACAUG